CUGCCGCAGGUCUUUUUCUAUGCGGACUUCGUCGGACGACUCAUGAGCCUCCGAUCGGUUCCCCUCUUCCUCCGCCCACUCGCCGUCGCCGCCGUCAUUGUCACCGUCGUCUCCCUUCUCUCCUCCCUCCUCAGCCGCCAGAUCCCUCCGCCGCCGCAGCUCUCCGCUCGUAGCUUCUUGGUAUGGCUCCACGGAUUGGGCGACUCCGGCCCUGCCAACGAGCCCAUCCGCACUUUCUUCUCUUCCCCCGAGUUCAAUCGCACUGAGUGGUCAUUUCCCUCUGCUCCUCUCGCUCCCGUUACCUGCAACAAUGGAGCAGUCAUGCAUUCCUGGUUCGACAUUUAUGAGAUACCCGUGACUGCUGUAUCUCCCAAUGAUGAAAAUAGUGUCCUUGAAGCAGUCAAGACAGUGCAUGCAAUUAUAGACAAGGAGGUUGCUGCUGGCACACCCACUAAAAACAUAUUUAUCUGUGGAUUUAGUCAAGGAGGUGCUUUGACAUUAGCAACUGUAUUGCUUUAUCCAAAGACUUUGGGAGGUGGUGCAGUAUUCAGUGGAUGGGUACCUUUUAACUCAUCAAUAAUAGCAUCCAUUUCCCCUGGUGCCAAAAAGACACCUAUGUUAUGGUUCCAUGGAAUGGUCGAUGAAGUUGUGCUGUUUGACGCCGGUAAAGCUGCACCUUCUUUUUUGGAACAGGCUGGUAUCCAAUGUGAAUUCAAGCCACAGGCCUAUCCUAGUCUUGGUCAUUCUAUCACCAAAGAAGAGUUACAAUACCUCGAGCCAUGGAUCAGGACUCAGCUGAAGAGUCAAUGAAAUCUCCAACCUGCCUUCAUGACAUUGUCACACCAAGCUGUAAAGGAAUGACCUCUGUUUGUAGCUCACAUUUAAUAAGGAUUUAUGCUCAAAGCAUGACUAGGGAAACCGCAAAUAUUGAUGGUAUAGCAUCUGCCUCUAUCUUUCUGGGAUAGUAACUGUAAUGUUGAUGAAAUGAUUUGGAGAUAUGUUUUUGUUGUGCACAUAUUGUAAAAAAAAUUAAAUUAAAUAAAGACAAACUAAUCUGAUGAUGGAAAUGAACACUAUAGUCUUAAAUGAAGCAGAUUCAAUGAAA